UCUGAUGGAAUCUUGAAAAUCAUUCAUGCCUUGACGUGUUGCCGCGAUUCUUCCACCCCCAACGCCAAGACCAACUGUCACUGUCACUUCCAAACGCUCCGAACCAAUCGAACCAAGCGACUUUUUGAGCGUUGCCCUGACAACGGCUAUCACAAACGGGCACCAUCUCUCUUUCUCUCUCUCUCUCUACGGAGUACUACCAUGAAACUUUCCGUUGGAGUCUGGGUCGAUCCGACGUAAUAAUAACGCAUACAUACUCCGUACAUACGACCCAAGCAGUGAAUGCAUCGGAGCAGCGAAUACCGGUGAAGGUGCAAUAGAUUGACGUUUUUAACACCACGCACAUACCCAAAAACUUACCUCAAACCACACCAUACCAUACCAUACCACGCAAGACAACAGACGUCGACAUUGACUUCAUCGUCGUGUCCUCGGAGCAAGUAUCGACCAAACCCUCCCAACAUACGCCCUAACCUGUCCUGUCCUGUCCUAUCCUAUCCUCCAUGCGUUUUUCAAUGCCUCUACAAGAUUCGAUUUGAACAUCUAUUCAUGCACCCAUCCACUGAACAAGACUCCAUCGCCCAUUCCCAUCGAAUCGACAAUAAUGUACCGAACAGUCCUUCCCUCACAUACACCAUGUCCAGUAUCCGGACCCCAGAGCCACAGCCACAAUUGGAGACGAGAUUCAAUCCAGAGUAUUGCCAGUAUUAACGGUGAUGGCGAUUCAACAGCAAACAUUGAAUUCACCAGCGCAUUCAGAAAUUCCUUAACGGGUGUAAAGCCGAGGAGACCGAUACAGAAUACACAGAGACCAACUCGGCAGCGUGUGGGAGGUGGUGUUGGUUCUGGGAUUCCCAUAUUCGAAGAUACGACGGCGGAACAAGCUGAUCUCGAAUCACAGCACAACAACAGAAAUGUUCAUGGGCCGGUUCGGAAUGAUGGUCGACGUGAUCUGAUUUCCAAACCACCUCAGCGGCCGAUCAGGCCGGUCAAGGGAGUGACCUUUGCGACGACUUUUGCAGUGGGACAUGGUUUUCCGUCAGGAGAGACGGAAGUGAAGAGUAAUUUUUCUUUGCCAAAUGAUGGUCUUGCGCGGUUGCCUAGGAGGCCUGUCAGCAAUACAAUGUCUCAACACCAUACUGACCUUAUCCCGGGUAUUCCAGAGGACGAGACUACUGCGAUGACCAAUAUAUCGACGAUUCUGAAACCAGCGCGAAGAGGUACCAUAUAUAUCCCCAACGAUGACACCACCAUGCCUUCCAUGUACAUGGGCAUCUUCUCGCCGAUAAAGGAUCUCGACACGAGAGACCUUGCCAAAAAUACCCAGAGUGAAUGUAACUUUACUGGAAUUGCGGCGCAGAUGAUCAAGAAGAGAGGUCCAAGACGAUCGAUGUUGCCUGGGUCACCUAAACGAGGGCUGAUCAACGUUGCGAUGGACCGUCUCGACGAAUCUGUUGACGUUGUACCACAACCCCGAGUCAAGGCAUUAAGGCGGUCAAUUGUCGCAGCUGAUAUUGCGAAAAAUGCGUCAAUGCGCGAAGAGAGACAGACUGGCGAGAGAAGCAGAGGCCCACGUGCCUCCCCAAUGGGUCUUUCGCCAAAGAGAGGUCCUCUGAAUGCAAUCAGUGCGCCUCUUCAGGCACCUGUGCAGACGGCGGACAAGAUUGGCCAAGGUGAUGGGAAAGAGAAUGUCCCUCCGGGACUCGGCUGCAAGACUGAAGCCAGAGAUAGCAGAAGAUGCUCGAUCAUAAAACGAACAACUGUUGAGAAGCCCAUUAUGGACAUUUCAGCCCCGUCCAGGGACCAUGGUCGAUUCAUGCAUAACCCAAACGCUUCGACAAUUUCCAGAUGCUAUGGCUCUACAGCCAGCUCCACAAACGAGACGACGGCAGAUAACGGCAGAUCGAAAGUGAGAUCGAAGCCGAUAUGGAACUCAGGCCUCCGACCCGUCACAGCACAGAAUGCCAUGAGGCCAAAGCAGAGUCCGCCGCGGAUAUCUGAGCAAGUCAACCACGAACCCAACCAGAAGAAACCUCCAGUUCCAACAAGAUUUGUGAUGCCAACGAUCAAGCAAGAGAUAACCUUUGACGAAUAUCCGCUCCUGGCCGAAGACAUUGUCACGCCAUCGUUAUACGAAGACAACUGGUUAGGACAUCAGGAAAUCGCCAUAACGCAGUUGAUCAACAACCUGUUUGGAGCGUCUUCGCCCGAAGCUGGAACAUGUGACGAAGAGAUGCUCAGAAUUCGACUUCUCGACAUGUAUGGAGAUGUGGAGAACGCAACCUUGUACAAGCGACUUCAAGGGGCUUUGUUAUAUGGUGCACUCAGUGUGUCAUCCGAGAAUCUAAAAUCUUCGUCAAGACUGUACUCGGAUCUGGGAAGACGCAGGGCGUUUAACGACUUGUGGCUCGAUACUUAUGACCUGAGCUGUUUACGAGCGGGACUAGAAGUGGUGAUAGGGCGACGCUGUAUCCGUACUAGUCGGGAUUCAUCUUCGUCGCGGAGGAGCAGCAACGACGGUGAAAAGGCCCAGAGAAGAAUACUGCAGCGGUUCAUCGAGACCUUUCUCAUACGAAACGAGGACGGCCGACCAGAAGUAAACUCGAGCGACAACAACUCUUGGUCUUACCAUCGAACCAUUCUCCGCAGCUUGAUGUUGAUCAAUGUCCUUGACUCUAUCAAGUCACGCGAAUCACAGCUUUUCAGCGGCUGCUUAUUUCAAAGCGCCUCUCCCUACAAGACGUCAUCUGAGGUUGUGAUAGCCUUAUUCCAGAUGCUGAACCCCAGUGCAGGAGAUCCAUUGCGAGCGCUCAGCCACAUUAGCUUUGCUGUGCACCACUCUCAGUACCCGCUCGAAGAAUACGUGUACCCAAUUGACAAUAUUGCAGUUGAUCUGAGAGAUGGUGUACGGCUGACAAGAUUGGUGGAGAUUUUAUUGUAUCCGUCUGCGUCACGACUUGAUGAACAUCGCCAGGACCCGAACUCGACGACAACGGUUGUCUUACCUUCUGGAGAGUCGUUAUCUUUGACCGAAGGUCAACGCGACUGGCCCUUGUCCCAGCACCUCAAAUUUCCAUGCGUUGGACGAGCAACCAAGUUGUACAAUGUGCAAAUUGCACUUAGCGCCUUGCAGGGAGUCAAGGGAGUGAGUGACCUUGUACACGAUAUCAAAGCAGGUGACCUGGUUGACGGAUUCCGCGAGAAGACAGUCAGGCUGCUUUGGGGGCUCACCAGUAAAUGGGGUCUGGGUGGCCUAGUGAACUGGAAAGACGUGGAGAGAGAGAUCAAGCGAUUGUGUCGAACGGAAAAUGUAAAGGUCGAUGGGGAACUCUUGGACCAGUUGGACGAGGAAGAAGGGUACGCAAGAUACAAGAUUAUGCUCCAAAUUUGGGCACAAGCGAUCGGCAGCAGCAGGGGUAUCUCGGUCGUGAAUCUGACGACGAGCUUUGCUGACGGACGGGUCUUUCAAGCCAUCGUGGAUGAGUACGAGCCACACUUGGCGAGCAAUGGCAAGGGGUCUGCCACGAUGAAGCUCUCGGAUCGGCUGAAACGUCUCGGAUGCAGCGAUGAAUUUGGACGCUUAUUUUCGCAGACCGAGACAUUGGCCCAGGGUGGGCACGUGUUUGAUCGUGACUUUGUGAUCGCAGCAUUGGCCUUUCUGAGCUCGAGAUUGCUUGGACCAUCCCAGACAGGGAGAGCGGUGAUGACGAUCCAACGAGCAUGGCGAGCCCACUUGAGCCGGGUGACAGCUGCACGAAAGCGACAACUCAAGCAGGUGGCAGAAGGAUGUGCAAGGGUGAUUCAGAUCAAGGGACAAGGGUUUGCAAGGGGCGAUGGUAGCAUGGGUAGCGAGGCUGAAAUUGGGUGUAACGAGAGAGUGCCUGCAUGGACGAGUCAGCCGCCUGAAGUGGAAGACAUCUGGUUGGAUUUGUGAAUGGGAUUGGAAGAUGAUGGUGUCCGAUAUGCUUGGUCUGGAUGUGGGACAAUUGGCCAAAAGACUGUAGCACACACGUAUUUUAGGACUCACCAAAAGGGGACAAUGUCAAUAACUUUCGUGGUAUCUUGGCGAUAGCCGGAUAGAGGUGCACACAGGUGACAUGAACAAUUCCGAGGGUCGAGGCACAUGGAUAGGGAAAUUGGCAAAGGGAGAGAAGAAGAUGGUCAAAGAUGAAGAUGGAGUCACGGGGGAGUUGAGAGGAGAUGAAGCUUUGGACAUUUUGACAGGGGCACUUGCUGGAUUGGGGAAAGGCGUGCCUGCCAAAAGUACCUAUGAAUGCAUUGGAUCUGGAGGA